AGUCAGCCGAGAUGUAGUCAGGAUCACAGAUUAGAAAGUUUGCUGCCAGAUGAGGUGGCGCUGUGUGUGACAGGAUGUCAUUGUAUAACCCAAAGUGCCAAAGCUUUUCUUCAGAAAUGUUCCUGUUCAUGUUCACCGAGACCAUUGACACCUGAUGUACUUAGUGACACCGAUGACAAAUUUCAAGGUCUAGCGAUGUGACGUACACGUGAUCAGACGAAGGAGGCGAGUACAAUGAGUGUCACUCACCUUAUGGCGCAGGCUGCACGUUCUGUGGUUGUUCUUUUCUUCAUCUUUGCCCUGUUCACCGCGCAAGCCCAAACAGGUAACACUGUAACAUGUGACGUUCCUUCAGUGGAACCAUUGGCCAAUACGUCAGUCACGUGUCACUUCCCUGAGAAUGUCAAUCAGACCAGGAGGAUUGUGACUGUCUCUUUCUAUAAAGGGGCACAAUAUACAGUUUCAAAUGAAAACGAUAUUUUGGAGUGCUGGUGGCUGUCGGGAAAAAUGGACUGUGACGUCAAACGAGGAUACAAAUUUAACAGAAUAAUAUCUCACGAACUCACCUUGGAGAUCCCACGAGUUUCUACAAAACAGAUUGGAGGAUAUGUUUGCAAGCUUUCCAACAUGAAUCCAAAAGACGUUAAAUACUGCGAACUGAAGAUAAAGCUAGAGGGGAAGACGAUGUGUGACGUUCCUUCAGUUCCUCUGAACUCACGAACGUCACUAACAUGUUACUUCCCAGAGGAUCUCAGCAAGAACACAGCAGACUUCAGUGUUUACCAUCAGUCCACCAGUAGUGACUCAGUUGAUGUAAUAUCAUGCAAGAGGAUGGGAGACCAUUGGUCCUGUGAUAGGAUUCGCGGCUACGAGUUCGAUCAGACUGUGACAAACCACCUGACUGUCGGGAUCCCUACUGCACAGGAGGAUCAAGAAGGAUCCUACAGCUGUCACUAUACAAGUAGUUCACCUGUCCGCUAUGAGAACUGCUCUCUCACUUUGACAACAGUGACCUCCUUCUGUAACAUUUCAAGUGCUGUAGAGACAGAACCUGCAUCACUCACCUGUACAUUCAACGUUGAUGUCAAUGCAACAAAACAGAAUUUCUCUCUGGUCCGUAUCGGUGGCGCUGACAAUAAAGGUGUCGACAUUGUCACCUGCACCUGGCUCAAGGACCAGCUGAAGUGCACCACAGCCCCGGGGUACGAAGUCAACAACACCGUCACAGAUCGCCUCGUCAUCAGAGUACCGCGAGCGUCACGUGACCACACCGGCACAUACGCUUGUCACGUGAAUGGCUCUAAAGCCAACGGCUUCCAGUCCUGUGAAUUUAUCCUAAAGCCAGUGACCUCCUUCUGUAACAUUUCAAGUAUCAAAGAGACAGAACCUGCAUCACUCACCUGCACAUUCAACGUUGAUGUCAAUGCCACAAAAAACAACUUGUCACUGGUCCGCCUCGGUGGUGAUGAAAGUAAAGGUGUCGACAUUGUCACCUGCACCUGGCUACAGGACCAGCUGAAGUGCACCACAGCCCCGGGGUACGAGGUCAACAACCUUGUCACAGAUCGCCUCGUCAUCAGAGUACCGCGAGCGUCACGUGACCACACCGGCACAUACGCUUGUCACGUGACUGGCUCUAAGGCGAUCAACUUCCAGUCCUGUGAAUUGAUCCUAAAGCCAGUGACCUCCUUCUGUAACAUUUCAAGUAUCAAAGAGACAAAACCUGCAUCACUCACCUGCACAUUCAACGUUGAUGUCAAUGCCACAAAAAGCAACUUGUCACUGGUCCGCCUCGGUGGUGAUGAAAGUAAUGGUAAUGUUUACAGCUGUGUCGACAUUGUCGCCUGCACCUGGCUACAGGACCAGCUGAAGUGCACCACAGCCCCGGGGUACGAGGUCAACAACCUUGUCACAGAUCGCCUCGUCAUCAGAGUAUUGCAAGCGUCACGUGACCACACCGGCACAUACACUUGUCACGUGACAGGCUCUAGCAUGGACGGCUUUAAGUCCUGUGACUUUAUCCUGAUACCAGAUGUACCUGCCGUAGUUCUGACUGUAGCCAUCGCUGUACUCGUGUUAUUCCCUGUGUCGUUAGUCAUCAUCUUCCUGGUUUUCGAAUGUAAACAAAGGAAACAUGUGGCGAUAGAAGAACAAAUACCACUGAUAUCAAGGGCAGAGUUGCAAAUCCGCGCAAAACAGGAAGAGGAAUUCUGGGAGAAGUGGGUUGAGGCGGCAUUCCCUGAUCUGGACUCUAGUGUCUACUUCCUGCCUCCUGUACACGUCAGCCGCGUGCCGACGACACAAGAGUCUGUUGCUGGUCAGACAGUUCUCGUCCUUCAGUCAUCUCCACAGACAGAUGAGUCCAACCAGACGGCGACAACUGCAGUUGAGGACAGUGAUGUCCGACAUGAUGCAGCCAUGCAAAGAGUCCUUCUAUGUCUGGAGACAAUGUUUAAAGAGAACAGAGAAGUGCUGGUGGGAGUGAGUCAGCUCCUGUUUGACGACUACCUGCGUGACUCUCGUUAUGCUGACGUGGCAAGAAGACUUCCCCUACCCGCCAGAUACCCCUCUGAUCUGGGACAGGAAUGGAAACCUGGGGACAUCGAUGUACUUCUUAUUCAUCGACAGCACGGUCUUGUCAUCUGUAAAGUAAAAGUUUUUGGUGGCAACGUAAAUGAACAAAACAUGUCGGAAAAGGAAAGAACAGAGAAAACUCACACAGAGAUUAAAAACAAUCUUCAGGAGGCCAUCAAACAGUUGGACAGGCCGGGGGUCACGGUGUCACACCUGGCAUCGGACGUCGCUCCCGGUCUACGUGUCACUAAGACGAUCGCACUCCCUAACUUGACGGUUAGUCAGCUACAACAGGUGCUCGACAAUGACCGCGAGCUGACUCAGGACCUGUGUCGAUGUCUGGGAUCAAGCGACCCCGCUGACAUCACUGGUGUGUGUCUGUGCUGUGAUCAAUUGUCUGACCCCAAGACCCCGUGGGACGUCAGUAGUCACGUGUUAAAGAAUCUCGGCGAAUGGUGGACACGACGUGUGGCUGUGUCUGGGCCUGACAGUCACAUGACACGUCACGUGUACAAGACACUAGUAGCACGGUUCUGCGGUCCGGCGACAACAGUGAGUGUGCCAUGCACAUGUCCUCCACGUGUGAGUGUCAAGACCCUGGGUCAGGCCGUGUGGUGGACAGGAGAGUGCUAUAUGCUGUAAUCACACCUCUUUCCGGAGCAAGUUCACUGCUACACACGGCGCCUCCCACACUCUUUGUCACCGGACCGCCCGGUACAGGUAAAACUGUGGUGCUGCUGCUGAUGGCCAUACAGUGGCUGCUUGGUGGUCACCACGUCUACGUUGUCAGUAGUUGGGAUGGAAGUCGUCCAGCGUGCAUCAUGUUGUAUCACCUGUUGCUGCAGACAGUAAACACACAACAGUCAGCAGGUGUGUCACCCGGUCAGCCUCACCUCCUGCUGUAUGAGCUUGAUGGCGGUGAAGA